AUGAAACAAGUAAAAAAACAACAACAACAACAAGAACAAAAGGCAGGUUUGGUUAUGCUCACACCAAAAAAUGUACACUUGCACAAUGUGCUCAUGUCUUAUUGCGAACACAGAUGUUUGAUGCGUGGAAGCACGAUGAUCUGCUUUUCACCGUACCGUUUUUAUUUUUGUCUUUUGUGCUACUGCUGCGUGUUUCUGCUUGUACUAGUCGAACUGUUGUUUUGUUUAAUUUCCUUUUUUUUCUCUUCUUCUUUUUCCCCUACUUACCUUAUUGAUUUCCUCUUCUUUCUCCACUUUCUUUAUUUUAACCACUCCCAUCUUUCUCCCUUUUUGUUGUGCCUUCUUCUCUCGUUUCAUUUCUCUUUCUUUCCUUCUUUUCUUCUUUUAUUUAUUUUUUUUAUUGGCCUAUUACGCGUGAUGGCUCGCGCAUUGGCUUUUUUGUUGCUUUUAAAGGUCCUCACAUCAUCAGCCCCUCCUCCUCCUCAAAAAAAAAAGAAAAAAAAAGUAGCAACCAUAAUAGUAAUAAAUAAAAUAGUUUAA